UCGAUCACUCUGGCCGGUUUAUUGAUAAAUCCUUCAUGUCAUGUCAGAGGGCGAGAGCGUGUCUGGUUUUAAAAGUCGCGGAGUUUUGUGUUUGUUUUAUUUAUUAAAAAAAUAUGUCUAUUUGUACUUCGUAUACUCCUUGUUUGUUUUUAAUACGGAUGAUUAGACACUGCACUCCACUCAUACGUUAAAUUGCGACGUACUGUACAUGAGACAUUAUAAAAAAUCUUCACAUUUUAAGUUGUAUAGACAAGAAUAAAUCCAAAUAAAUCCACUUCUCAUGAUCCAGCGAUGACCAGGGUUAGUUUUCUGCUCGUGAACCGCAUAAAGAAGUGUCAAAAUUAUGAUUGGCACGAAGGAAAAUAAUGGCUAUCCAUUAUUUUCCUUUAUUUCAUAUAUAUUGCUAUAACCGAAGACGCGGCCAUUGCAGGUACCCGAACACAGGAGCAACUAGACGUAAACAGUCACGAGACAGACAGUUAAGCGCAAAACACCAGCAUGAACCACUUUGUUAGAGCCUUGCCACUUCUGUGUCGAGAUCGUAAGGAAAACUGCGCUACGCUGUGUUUAUCGCGGCGAUCUUCAAACACGUGGUCGACGGGUACUGUGAUGGAUCGCUUUGUGUUCCCCCCUUCAGAUGGAGACAAAACACCCCCUGUAUGUGUGUAUGUGAAUGUUCAUUCUCUCUUCCGCCGAGAGGUUCGUCGAAAUCAUGGUAUGCUUCAGGUCCUGAUGCAACGCAGGAAGAAUAGGUACGCGAAACUCCGGACUUGGAACAACAGUUUAUGGAGAGGAAGAGUAAGGAAAGUUAACUCUCCUUUAAACUAAUUUGCAUAUAUUAAACCAAACACCAAGGUA